GGCGGAAACUCCCGGCAGCUCUCCGCGGCCGGCCGGCGGCGGCGACGCGAGGCUGGGGUCUCCAGAAGUGUUCACAAAUCAGAAUAACUUUCAGACAAUAUUAAGGCAUUAAUCAUGAACAUAAAAGAUUUUGUAGUUCUUCCAUGGGGAAAACCUGGAAAUUCUGUAAAGCUAAAAUACAGAAAUGCUCAUGAACUGCGAAUGGAGAAAGUACGGUUAGAGUUGGAGAACCAAGAGAUGGAGAAGAAGCUGCAAGAAUUCCGAUCCAUAGGAAGCAGAGAAAAGGAAGAAAGAGAGUCAAGUGGAUAUUACUGGAAAUCUGGAAAAGGGGGCAAAUUGGGUAAUCAAUCAUACAUGAUGCCACAAAAUAAAGGAAAUGUUAUUAAGUUUUCUGCGGGAAAGGUGAAAUUAAAAUUACUGAAGGAACAGAUUCAAGAGCCAGUGAAACCAAGAGUUAAUUAUAAAAUGGCAAAUUCUUCUGAAUAUGAAAAACCCAAGAUAAAAGGGAAAGUUUGUGGGCAGUGUGAGAACAAAGCUGCUUUACUAGUAUGCCUUGAAUGUGGAGAAGAUUAUUGUUCAGGAUGCUUUGCUAAAAUUCACCAGAAAGGGGCACUAAAGCUCCACAGAACAACUCUUUUGCAGGCAAAAUCUCAAAUAUUAUUCAGUGUAUUAGAUGUUGCUCAUCAGUUUAUAAAGCAUGGUAAUCCAGAAGAACCCAAAGAGGAGAAUAAUUCUACAAAGAAGACCAGUACAAGUCAGUGUAAACCCAAAGCUCUACUUCUGCAGAGGAGCAGCCCUGAGGUAGAAAUUACAACAACAAAAAGAGCAGAAUGUACAAAACCAAGAGACAGUCUGUUGUGUGAAGGGUCAUUUGAUGAAGAAGCUUCUGCACAGUCUUUUCAGGACGUGUUAAGUCAAUGGAGAACUGGAAAUCACGAUGACAAGAAACAGAAUUUACAUUCAGAAAAAGACUCAUCGGAAGAAUGUGAAGUACAAACUAAUCUGAAAAUUUGGAGAGAACCACUUAAUAUUGAACUUAAAGAAGACGUUCUAUCCUAUAUGGAAAAAUUAUGGCUUAAAAAACACAGGAGAACUCCACAAGAACAACUCUUUAACAUGCUACCAGAUACAUUCCUACAACCAUGUGAAACCACUGGUGAUGUAGAGUGUUCUCAAAAUGAAAACAAUGAAGAUAGUGAUGGUGAGGAGACCAAAGUACAACACUCCGCUCUUUUACUGCCAGAAGAAAUAUUAAACAUAGAGAGACCUGAACCAUCUCUAAAGAUAGUUGAACUAGAUGACACUUAUGAAGAGGAAUGUGAAGAACCAGAAAAUAGUGUGCCUUACAAAGUUGAAUUAGCUGAUGCAGACAGUCAACAAAGUUGUGCUUUUCGAGAUUAUCCGAAGAAUGGCUUUCAAUAUGAAAAUGACAUCCAUCAACAUUAUGUUUUCAAUAAGGGGAAGAGGGACUUCUUAAGUCUUUGUCUGAGAAACAGCUCUACUUAUUAUAAAGAUAAUUCAAAAGCAGAAACCUCAAACACAGAUUUUGACAACAUUGUGAAUCCUGAUGUGUAUUCCGACGUCGAGAAACUUGAGGAAAGCACCUUCUUCGAAAGAAGUUUAAAAGAGAAAAGUAUAGAUUUAGAAAGUAAUCAAAAGUCUGAUGAAUCCUGCAUGUCACAUGAGAGCAAGGAUACUUUGCCAAGUAUAGGUUUAGAAAAACUUCCCAUUGAGGAGAAAUUAUCUCAAGACAUCGAAGAAUCCUUGGAAUUCAGCAAUCUGCAUAAGAGGCCAAGCUUUGAAGAUUCUAAAACUACAAAGUCAUCACUGUUGUUACAAGAAAUAGCCUGUAGAAGUAAACCUAUAACAACACAGUAUCAAGGACUUGAGAGAUUCUUUAUUUUUGAUGCAAAUGAAAGACUCAAGUUACUUCCUUCUCAUCCUUUAGAAUGUGACUAUUCCAGUACUAGGAUUACACUUACAGAAGACAGAGAAUGGAUUCCAGACCAUAGCUUAAGUGAACAUGCUGAUAAUGCAAUUGUCUUGGGUAUUCUGCAGGAUGCUCAGAAUCCAUCAUCAAGUAGAAAACAGCCAAAGACGGGUAAGAAAUCACGGAGACCUUCAACAGGAAAGUUUCCACUUUCCAACUCUGUUAAAGAAAGCUUCAGCUGCCUUUCAUCCUCUCAUCCUCGAACCACAAGUGCAGCUGCUCAAUCUUUAUCUAGAGCUGCUUCUGAAAUUUCAGAAAUUGAACGUAUUGAUAUUACUGACCAGAAUGAGCUUUCCUUAGAUGACAUUGCUGAUCAACACACCUUAGACAGUUUGGAAAAAGAAUUACAAGUGCUGAGAUCUCUUGCAGAUACUUCAGAAAAGCUUCACAGCUUACCUUCAGAAGAGUUACCAGCCUUCAGCAGCCAAUCACUGAAUAUAAGUCAGACUUCCACAGAUUUCCUUAAGACCUCACAUGUGAAGGGUCCCUGUGGAGUUGAAGAAUUGAACUCUUCUGGAAGAGAUACCAAAAUUCAGUCUUUGCUGUCACUUUCUGAGAGCAGUACAGAUGAGAAGGAGGAAGAUUUUCUCAACAAACAACAUGUCAUCACACUACCAUCGUCAAAGAGUACUUAAUGAUUAUUAGUUCAUUACUUUUGCCAUUUUGUACUCAAAGUGAAGCAAACAACUAAGGAAAGUAACCAAGUGAUUACCUGUCCAAAUGCUGGAGAUUUUGAUUAUUAAUGUCUUUGAUGUUUCAAGGCUGCAAACUAAUAAAAGUAAAAUUAUAAGUUUAAGGGCUUAUUUUCUCAAUGAUAUAUUGUAUGUCAAACACUAAUCUAUAUUGCAGAUAUUAGUGAAAUAUGGUGAAUUUGAAGAAAUAACUGUUAUAACUGUAUCUAUAAAACCUACUAUAAGACAAAAUGUGAUUAUACUUAAAGUAACAUUUCAUUGUUCAAUUGUAUUUUAGAUAGUUAUGCCAUCAACAAGAGUUGUUGCAUUUGACAGCCAAGUCACAUAAAUCAAUAUUAUCAAUUGAACCAAUAAUUACCCUGUUUAUUUUCUGGUUUUUGAUGUUUAUAGAAGUUCUGGUAUCUUCAAAAGUUUGCAA